AGGCUAAAUGAUAAACAACGCAAAUACAUGUUAAUGUUAUGAUUACUAAUAUAAGGAGUUCAACAAAUAUGGAUGCAAAAGCAAUAAAAUUAGCAUUAUGUACCUGUUUAUUCCUCACAAUACCGACUGGCACAGAACAACAGGUACUUACAGUGAUGAAAACAAUAGCAGGAAUAACAUAUAAUGUUGUUGAAUUCUCUGGUGAAGUCACCAAUGUCAUGGAUAUUUUAUCCGGAGGCGGGAGCGGUGGUAUUACGACGCAAUACCUUGAUAAAGCGGUUGAGUCUAUUACAAGAAACAUUAAUGCUGCUAAAAUGGAUGUACUGAAUUCAAUAUUACUACAGUCUAAGUUUGAUAGAAUUGACGACGCUGUAAUAGGCAUAAGAAGCUCUUUGACGGAUCUGAAGAAUUAUAUAGAGGCAAAUGAAUUAAGAAGUAAACAUGAAUAUCAGAAGCUAUUCAUAAAGAGAUAUGACACCGACGGCAUUGAAAUGAAGAUUCGUUUUCUUCCGCAAGUUUUAACAUACGAGGUACCUGGUAGGUCUGGGCAACUUCUUUCUCUCUUAACAGAAACGACACGUUGUAAUCUUACUGCGCUGUAUGAAUUUCAAAUCUUUUACUUGGACCUUUUGUCUAGCGGAAUUGCCCUUGAAAUGGCUUAUUUGAAAGUAUCAACGCAUGUUCAGAUACAAAACGCAAUGGAAUAUUGGCGUAACCCAUGUGAAAACAUCCAGCAAGCUUUCGAGAAGGUUGUUAAUGAAUGCGAGUCCAAGUUUGUAACAUAUGCGAAUGAAGAUAUUGCAGAUACCGCUUCUCCGACAGCUCUAUGGACAAAGAACAAUAGAUGGUUUCCUUGGAAAUUGAAUGAUGUUUUCUUUUCGCAAGCCCGUCAGUCAUUUCAGUUUGUUUAUGUAGAGUAUGAAGACGGUAGUAUGGUUUGGACAAAAACUAAACAAAACAACAGAUUUUCUGUUUUUUAUGAUAAUCCACCUGAGCUCUGUACUCUGCCGUCCAAUACCCUGGAAAAUGCAACAGAGCUGUUAAAAGCUGCUAUAAAAGGAGAGGAUGAUAAAGAAGCCGCUAAAAAUAUUGGAACAUCUGCCAAGAACUACUUAUCUACGUUUGGAUAUGGCGUUAAAAGUUUACUCGUUAUAUUUGACAAUGGGGGAUUCACGGAAAUUCCGAGCAAAGAGUCUCAGGCUUUGAAAGCUGAACUGAAAGGCAUAAAGAUGAAAUACUGUGAUGCCGCUGAAAUUAGAUGCAAAGCCGCAGAUUGGGGUGGUGGUUGGAAUGACAUGUACGACCUUGUUAAAGAACCCGUCGGAAAUUUCAAAAUCUAUGCAUACAUCUACAAGGAAAGUGUAGGUGGCAAGUCAAAGAAACCGCAUAAUGUUGGAUGUGGAAAUUCUCUGAAGAGUUUGCCAUUGGUGAUUCUUCUUCUUGUAGGUGCACUAGCAAUUUGUGCCAGAAAAUUCGCUUUCUGAGUUGCAUGUUUGACGUUUAGAAUCACGAUAAACACAGUAAUAAACGGAACAUGAUUUA